UGCGGCAAAGAUGUCCGCUACUGUACCUCGCUGACGUCGAUAGCCGCGUUCUCUGGAAAAGCUCUCAGGUUUUGCCACCCGGAAUUUCCCUUGCCACCUGAUUGCUUGUGAGACAAUGGGUCUGCGGGAGACCUUCCGAAAUCUACGGCCGGAGAGUCCCGGCCGGGAAAAGUGCAGCAUUGAGUUGCAGCACAGGAGUCCGAGGGGCGGAUGUCACAACAACCAGGUGGGUGCCGUCCAGGUAACCGAGCAGUCCUUACAGGUAUGGCGCGCACUGCCCGCCGAAAUUCGCCACGAUCCCAGCAUGGCCAGUUUUCAAAUGGAGAACGACCGGAUUCACGGUUCCUCCGCAGGAGCCAGUGACGAGGAAGAGGAUGAGGAAGGAUAUGACGAGAUUGACAGGGGUAAUGCCGCUCGAAUACAGGACGAGCCGGGCUCCAGUUAUGCUGGCUCCGAUUUCCUGGACAUCAAGAUGCGGCCAGGCGAUGAAAACGCCACCGAUGACGAGGCCACCACCCAUUCCGACCACGAUCCUGUCAAUGGUCCCGGAAAUGCCAAAUCCCAGGCCCGCCGUAUCCAUCACAAGUCCAAGCGUUCCAAGGAGCAGCGCCAACGGGAUAAGUUGUGGAAACGAGGUGGUCUGCUUCUCUUUUGGCUUCUUGCUGCAGUGGUGCUGAUUUCGGUGGGUGAGAAGCACUUGCUGGAGAAAACCAUCGAAGUGCCACAGGGCGAACGGGGAAAAUUUUUUAAGUUGUUGCAAAAGCCCACGGGCGACUUUCGCUUGAAGAUCCAUGGCGCUUUUAGGGAGAUCUCCACGCUGGAUGCCCCUGAAAAUGAGACUUCGAGCUUCGGAUUUCUGACUGUGCAGCCGCAGGUGUCCACUUACUUUGGCGAGAAUCACACCAAGGUGUUCCAGGACGUUCUCCCAGCUUGGCGACUACCUCUGCUAUCCGAGGAGGAUUUGGAACGCUCUCCAGCUUCAGCCAGUAAUCGCACCUAUCAGAUGACCCAGGAAUUGAGCGAUAUUCUUUCCGAAGACGAUAGCGAAUUUCGAUUGCAUAUUUACAGCGAUGUGGAGACAGAUUUGGCGAUAAUUCUGAACUACAAUCCCUUGAUAGUAAAUGCCAGGACGGGCAGUAUCUUAGCUGGUUUGAUCCUGCUAAUAUUUUAUGCCUUGCUGGUGUGGGAAUUAUUCGAAAGAACCUUUGUGGCCAUGAUUUGUUCUAUUCUUUCGGUGACAGCUCUUGCCUGCUUUAAUGAUCGUCCCAAUAUGGAUGAGAUUAUCCAAUGGAUGGACAUGGAGCUACUGACUCUGCUCUUUUGCAUGAUGCUUUUAAUUUUGAUUCUCACAGAAACUGGUGUUUUUGACUAUCUGGCAGUAUUCUGUUUUGAGAUUUCGGGUGGCAAGAUUUGGCCCAUGAUUUAUAGUCUCUGUUUGGUCACCUGUUUGGUUUCGAGUGUUCUGGAUAAUAUGACUACAGUGCUGCUCUUAACUCCAGUGGCCAUUCGAUUGUGCGAGGUGAUGCAGUUGGAUCCACUGCCUGUGGUUAUGGGCCUUAUAGUACAUGCCAAUAUCGGAGGAGCCCUUACACCCAUCGGUGAUCCCAUCAGCAUUAUAGUCAGCACUAAUCACUUUAUUGUGGAUAAUGAUGUUACCUUUCCCACCUUUGUGGCUCACACUUUUCCGGGAGUUCUGUUAUCUGUUAUCCAAAGUUGCAUAUAUCUACGCCUUUUCUAUCACAAUAUCGAUGCACUGCGCUUAAAUGAACCCAAAGAGAUGAGUGAAUUAAGAAGGGAAAUCAAGGUGUGGCAGAGGGCCUUAAAUGCCGUGGCUUCCUGCUCCAAGGAUGCUCAGUUGGUGAGGGGAACCCUUUUGGGCAAAGUUAAGCAGCUGAAAAGGACUCUAAGAAGAUUGCAAAAAGGUGUGGGAUCCUCGGAGGUCUAUACAAAUACCCUGGAUGAGCUUAAGCAAAAGUAUCCCAUCAAGAACAAGACUCUGCUAUUGCAAUCCGCUGGAGCCCUGACUUUCGUUCUAAUCUGCUUCUUCAUUCAAUCUGUGCCACAUUGGAGGACUCUUCCCCUGGGUUGGGUGGCUCUACUUGGUGUUAUCCUGCUGCUCAUCAUCCUGAAUCGCGAUGACAUGGAGCACCUGAUGCACCGCAUCGAAUGGACCACUCUCCUCUUCUUUGCAGCAAUGUUCGUGAUGAUGGAGUGUGUGGAGCGGCUGGGAAUCUUCUCCUGCAUCGGCGAACUCACCGAACAUGUCAUCCUUUCGGUGGGCAAAAACCAUCGCCUGGCCAUGGCCAUCUUCAUGAUAUUGUGGAUGUCUGCACUAGCAUCCUCGAUACUAGAUAGUAUUCCGGUGGCCGCAAUGAUGGUGAAGUUGGUCACCUCACUGGUGGUGAAACCCUCGCUGGGAUUACCGCUUCAACCUCUAGUUUGGGCUUUAACCCUGGGAGCUUCGAUGGGUGGAAAUGGAACCCUUUACGGAGCUUCGGCCAAUGUCAUUGCAGCCGGAAUUGCCGAGCAACACGGCUAUAAGCUGUCCUUCACUCGAUAUUUAAGGACCGUUUUUCCCAUGAUGCUGGGACAAAUCACCUUGAUGAGUGUUUAUUUACUCGUGGCUCACGUCAUCUUCGAAUGGCACUGAGAGUCUCUCCCUCCAUAUUGACCCCCCAAGUCCCUAUUUAAAAACAUUUUAUUAUAGCAACUAAAGGAAAACGUGUUUUUCACCUCGAAUCUAUCGUUAUUUUGUGUGAGUUUUACUGUAGGUGUUGCCCUUUUACAUUCUCUUGAUGUCUUUAACGUGUUUCGGCAUACAUCGUAAGAAUAUCUAUAUCUAAGAGUUUAUUUGUGAUUGGCAAAUGUAUAAAAAUAUACAACAAAUAUUGGAAGUACGUAUGCAUUGGCUCGUGCUCUGAAAAAU